AUGGAGUUCGAAAACAAGAUACAAAGUCAAACAGAGCAUACCGAGUAUACUGUCACCGGCGGCUCCUGGAACGCUGAAUACCAGGUAGUGUUGGACAGUACCACGCUAUACCACGUCAAAAACGAAAGUCCCACGCCAGAUAAACCUCAGCUCACCUUCUUCGCCGGCAACGGCGCUAACGGUCCAAUCGUGGGCUCGGCAAAAUCGGUCCGUUUUUCAUCUGAUAUCCAAAUUACACUAGAAAGCAACAGUCUCGAUAAAACAUCUACCUCGGCUAGAUUGAGCAAAAAGGGAUUGAUAACAACGCGUCAUGUCUUUGAGACGGAAAUCAGUCAUCAGAAGCGGACUUUCACGUGGAAAAGCUCCGAGAUGAUUGAUAGUUUUGGGCCUUUUCAAAGCCUUAAGCUGGUCGAUGAAGAGAACAACGUCAUAGCAUGUUUCUUUCCUGGUGGUACUAGACUGAAGCCAAAUGGUGCAUUGCUUCUUUAUGUCGAUCUUGGAGAGAGUUUCGUGCUGAUGAUUCUGAUGGCUGCGCUUGCUUUGAGAGAGAAACAAAGACGCUCCGCGAAUGGUGGAUAUGGUGCUGGUUUGCCGCUUCCUGGUUCGGCAGGUUCGGCAGGUGGUUGA